GCAGCAGGCGCUGGGGAGCUGCGUGGGUUUCCUGCAGCUGGGCUUGGGGGUGUUGGUGUUUCAGCCUCCGUUUGUCCGGCUGCUUCCUAGAGGAGGCUUGUGUCCCCUUUUGGGGGGAGGGGGGUAGCGUGCGUGCCAGUGCCUGUUGCAGACAUGUCUGUCCCAUCUGUGCUGCAGGGUGUGAUUUCUCCCUGCCAGGUAUUUCCCGCGCGGGCCAGGCUCUGGGCUGAGAGGUGGAUCUGCCCUCUGUGCCUGCUGCAGGCACCGGGCACAGCUGGAGUGUGGGGUCUGCCCACUGUCCCGACACCAUGGGCAGGGGUCUCAGGGCAGAGCAGCCUGGCCAGGGCUGCAUCACCCCUUGCUGAGGAAUCAAGUGUUACAGUGGGACAAACUGCCCUACAGCCUCGCCGGGAGCUCUGGGGCCAGAGCAGCCAGCGUGGGGGGGAAGGUCUCUCCCAUGGCCUGGUCCACACGCUGGCUGCAAGGGAUGCUCCUGCCAGGGAUCUGCAGUCAUUGAGCCCCUUUCCCCAGGGACUUCUGGGGGACACAAAGAGGCAUGGCAGCUGAUGCUCUGCAGCCAAGAUGGGUAAGGAGGUGCAAUGGGGGUGCCCUGAGCACAGCAGGGCCCUUUUUGGUCCUGUAGCUGGAGAAAAAGACCUGGAGUGUGGCCUCCCAGUGACUCCUUCCAGGCACUGAAGAAGGGAGCUGAGGCUGUGGCCCCUCACUGCCUACCGGGGGGGUUGUUAGCCUGUGCGUGGCUGCUAUUAACGUGGCCCUUAGCAGGAGCAGCUACCUCGGGCACAUCUGUAACCCUGUGCUGUGCCACCUCUCUUCUCAGGGGUGGGUUUCUGACCAGGCUUCCCUCCCUAAACUCUUUGUUGUCCCCACUAGCCCUUCACUUCUCACUGUGGCAAUGCUCAGUGGGUUGCAUUGGUGCUGAUGCUGGUACCCAGCCUUGUGCCCCCUGGGGACUGCCCUGGCUCCCUCUGAAGCAGCACUGGAAAAGCCAGAAUUUUUAUUCUCCCAGGGAAGGAGAGGAAGGUGGUCUGGAGCAAGUGUGAUGGGGCUGCCAGUGGAGCUGAAGGACCAGCAGCACCACCGUGGCGCUGGGCAGCCCAUCCUGCCGCCCCGACAGGCAGCGGCAGCGGCAGCAGCAGCAGGAGGGACAAAGCUGGCGGAGAGGGGCACGGUCGAGCAGCCGGGCCCGGGGGGCUGCUAGCCACCGCUGGGGGUCGGACCCCCCGCCCAGCGCAGCCCUGCGGAGGAUGGGGAGCGGAGCCCGGCUGGGGACCCGCGGGGGCAGCGCCCCGCCCGGCUCCCGGCGCUGAGCGCCCCCCGCCCGGCCGGGGGUCCGCGCCGCGCCCCAGCCCCCGCCGCGGGCAUCGCCCCUUUGUCUGCGCAGGAGGGAGAGGCGGGGGGCGCUGCGGCGGAGGCACGGCCGCGCUGCUGGGGAGAGGAGCCGCAGUCCGCCAGAGCGGCAGGAUGGCGGAGAAGGGUAUGGAUCCCGCAUGUGUCUCCAUUGCCCUGGAGGACACGGUGUGCCACGCCAGCCCCCCAGAUGCCCCGCUCCUCACCACCCACUUGAAGAAGGUAGAGAACCACAUCACAGAGGCCCAGAGGUUUUCCCACCUCCCGAAGCGCUCGGCUGUCAACAUUGAGUUCAUUGACCUGUCCUACUCUGUGCGUGAAGGCUCCUGGUGGAGGAAGAGAGGGUACAAGACUCUCCUCAAAUGCCUGUCAGGGAAGUUCUGCCAGCGGGAGCUCAUUGGGAUCAUGGGGCCCUCGGGUGCUGGGAAGUCCACGCUCAUGAACAUCCUGGCUGGCUACAGGGAGACUGGCAUGAAGGGCCAGAUCCUGGUGAACGGCCGGCCGCGGGACCUGCGGACCUUCCGCAAGAUGUCCUGCUACAUCAUGCAAGAUGACAUGCUCCUGCCACACCUCACCGUGCUGGAAGCUAUGAUGGUCUCUGCUAACCUGAAGCUGAGUGAGAAGCAGGAGGUGAAGAAGGAGCUGGUGAACGAGAUCCUGACGGCGCUGGGGCUGCUGGAGUGCUCCUACACCCGCACCAUCUCGCUGUCGGGGGGCCAGCGCAAGCGCCUGGCCAUCGCCCUGGAGCUGGUUAACAACCCUCCCGUCAUGUUCUUCGAUGAGCCCACAAGCGGUCUGGACAGUGCCUCCUGCUUCCAGGUGGUUUCCCUGAUGCGGUCCCUGGCUCAGGGUGGGCGCACCAUCAUCUGCACCAUCCACCAGCCCAGCGCCAAGCUCUUUGAGAUGUUUGACAAGCUGUACAUCCUGAGCCAGGGCCAGUGCAUCUUCAAAGGCAUCGUAACCAACCUCAUCCCCUACCUGAAGGGUCUUGGCCUCCACUGCCCCACAUACCACAACCCCGCUGACUUCAUUAUUGAGGUGGCCUCAGGAGAGUAUGGGGACCUCAACCCCGUCCUGUUCCGUGCCGUUCAGAAUGGCAUGUGCACCAUGGCCGAGAAGAAGAGCAGCCCCGACAAGGCAGAUCCAUCGUGCCCAGCACACUGUGUGACGGACGUGGACCACAUCGAGAGCCACACGUUUGCUACCAGCACUUCAACCCAGUUCUGCAUCCUCUUCAAGAGAACCUUUAUCUGCAUCCUAAGGGACACGGUGCUGACCCACCUGCGAUUCAUGUCCCACAUCUGCAUCGGAGUGUUGAUCGGGCUGCUCUACCUGCACAUUGGCAACGACGCGGGCAAAGUCUUCAACAACACUGGCUUUCUCUUCUUCUCCAUGCUCUUCCUGAUGUUUGCCGCGCUGAUGCCCACCAUCCUCACCUUCCCCCAGGAGAUGUCUGUGUUCCUGCGAGAGCACCUGAACUACUGGUACAGCCUGAAAGCCUAUUACCUGGCAAAGACCAUGGCAGAUGUGCCCUUCCAGGUGAUCUGCCCCAUCGCGUACUGCAGCAUCGUGUACUGGAUGACGGGCCAGCCACCCGAAGCCACGCGCUUCCUCCUCUUCUCUGCCCUGGCCACCGCCACGGCCCUGGUGGCCCAGUCCCUUGGGCUUCUAAUUGGAGCUGCUUCCACUUCCCUGCAGGUGGCCACCUUCGUGGGACCCGUCACUGCCAUCCCUGUCCUGCUCUUCUCGGGCUUCUUCGUCAGCUUCAAGACCAUCCCCACCUACCUGCAGUGGAGCUCCUAUGUCUCCUACGUCAGGUACGGCUUCGAGGGCGUCAUUCUCACCAUCUAUGCCAUGGAGCGCGAGGACCUGGAGUGCCUCGAGGACUUCUGCCCUUUCCAAAAACCCAUCAAGAUCCUGCAGGAGCUGGACGUGGAGGAGGCCAAGCUCUACCUGGACUUCCUUAUCCUGGGCAUCUUCUUCAUCAUCCUGCGGCUCCUGGCUUACCUGGUCCUCAGGUACAAAGUCAAAUCAGAGAGAUAAAGGGGCUGCGGGGCCCCAGUGCCGUUCCUGGGCCUGGCCUGCUGUGAGAUGUUCUGCAGAUGGACACGGUGCUCCUAGCAGGUCACGGACCAUGGCGGAGGCGUCGGUAGGUGCCAGCCAGGCCUGGCUCAGUCGAGAAGGGUUUUGAGAUAUCUCGGAACUGUUUUAACCUUUCCACACACUCUUCAUUGCAAAAGUUUUGUACAGCCCUGGCAUGUGCCACCCUCUCCCUCAGGACUGCCGAACUCCAUGGAGCUUGGGUCCUCUCUUGUCACCCCUGCCCAGCACUGCCCUUCGCCGCCGAACACGUUGGGACACCGGGAAUGGUCCUGUGGAGGGGGCUGUCUGCUGAGCAAGGCGGGGGGGAGCCGGCUGCUCCGGGCAGGAGGGGAGCAGCGCCCUGGGAAUGCCUGAGCCUGGGGCUGGAGCCAGGAGGAGGCACCUGCAGGGCAUGGAUCUGUGGGGCAGGGCAUGGAUCUGUAGGGCAGGGCAUGGAUCUGUGGGGCAUGGAUCUGUGGGGCAGGGCAUGGAUCUGCGGGGCAGGGCAUGGAUCCGUAGUGCAGCACAUAGCCCCGUUGCUCGCCCUGCCCAGCAGCAUGUGUGUCAGUGCUAAGAAGAGCCCAAAGAUGCAAUAGGCCAAGUUGCCCAAGGCUUUAGUGUUCCCUGUCGCCAUAGCCACAGAAAUUGCCACAUCCCCUUUUUCUUUCUGCAGAAAUCCUCCCCCUUUUUUUCUUCUUUUCUUUUUUUUUUUUUAUAAACCCCACUGCUUCCCAGUCUGCAUGGAGGGGAAAGGGAGCCAGCAGGCCAGGAAGGACUUGGGGCUCCAUCUCAGACUUCUGCUUGGAUGCCAUCGUCAGAGAUGGGAUCUUCAAACCUGGGGAUGUGGCAGGGUCUGUGGGAAUGGGACAGUAUUCGCAGCCCUUAGGGAGCCUCACGUUUAGUCCUGUUGUCUCUGGGGUCAGAGCCAAGAGGAUAAAAUAACCAACAUGGAGACAAGUGACUGGUCCCUUCAAGUGCUGCAUGGAGCAGGGAGGGUUUAGGUUCUCACAGCCUGCCAGGGCCAGGCAGCUGAGAAGCCGGGCUGGGCUCAGCCGUGCCAUCGCUGGAGCCUCUACUGCAGGAGAAGAGCUGGCCCGGAGCCCUUCCCUUGCACCGUCUGCUCCUCAGCCCUCUCCCCCCAGCACAAACGUGGCUGUCUCAGCAGAACAGGGUGGACGAGCCUCACUCGGCAUCGGCUGCGCAAGGAGGGGACGGCAGCCCCAGGGACGCCCAGCCUCGUCACAGUGCAGACCUCCCCGGUGCACUGUGCAGAACGGGGUCCCAGCAGUGCCAGAACUGGAAAGCAGGUAUGAUCUUGGAGCAGUCUGUUUGCAUUGGGUGACCCUGACACUGGGAAUUACUUUGCACUCUGUGACUGGUAUCAGGGAAAGGUCCCUUUUGGCAAGUGUCUCUGGUAGCUCCUCCAAAGUCACCUGCCCCUCCACACCCCUUGCGGAGGGAAAGCAUUUCGGCACCUCGCUGGCUCUCCAAAGGAACAGAGCUGAGACCAGAGCUGCUGGGGCAUCCGCACAUGCUGCUGUGCUGGGAACGCAGCACGCUGCUUAGCUACACAGCACAGGCCUGUCUGUGGGUGUGCUGGCACUGGUGUCACGGGGUUGCACUGGUCACCCACGCACAUGAGAACCUGCUGCUUUUUUAGUGAGCACGAACACGGGGAAGGCAGCUCUGCCCCAUUCUGGCACGCUGGGCUCUGGUUCAAGUGCAGUCUGUGAGAUGCUGCUGCUGGCACGCUCUAAGCAGCAGGGCAUUGCAGGGCAAAUGCCAGAUUUCAGCAAAAUCCUUGAGACUGUUCUUUGCUCUUACUGGCUCGUGUUGGGAUGGCUCCACGCAGCAGGGUCUGGCUGGCACGCAGGUGGACAGCAGGCGUGUGGCAGCACUGAUGCUGGGCGCUCAGCAAGGUCGGGUUUCCCCUGCCUGGACAGCAUCGCUGGGAGGAGUUUGUAGCCAUGGGGCUCUCCUGCACAGGGGGUCUGGAAGGAGGACGUGCCCCGAUGCCCUUUCUGUGCUGAGCAGUUGGGAUUUUCCCCAGGGGCUCUUGUCUGACUUAGCACUGUCCCUCACAAAAUUCCCCUCUGCUCCUGGAUCGUGCUUCGCUGCCAGCCCUGUGCCAUGCACUGCCAUGGAGCUGUGCCAGCCCGGCGGGCUGCAGCCUCCUGGGCAUGACGCUGCCAACCGCAGCUGCAGCGGCACGGUCGAGGAGGGGAACGGUCCCCAUUCUGCUCUGUCACGAGGCGGAUGGGAGGGCAGGGAGCCAAGGGGAUGGUGGAGCUGCAGGCUGUCCCCCUUCUCCAUCUCACUGUCCGUGGAGCUGAUGGGACCAGUUUGCCAUUUCUGCCCCACUCUGGGGCUGGUGAAGCAUUGCCCGGCACCAAGUGCGCACUGCUGGGCUGAGGGUUUUCCCCUGGAUAGACACCAGGAUGGCAGGAGGUGCCUGUGGUGCAGCCCCACCAGCUCCUGCCUGCACCCUGGCAGCGGGGGUUCUUGUGGUGGGUCCUGAUUCCUGCACGGCGGAGGCACUGCUGUCCCCAGCGCUGUGCCCUGCUGCCGCCUGCACCCAGCACGGUGCCUCCUGCGACACCCCUGUGCCAUCGCACCCAGCACCACCACACUCUCAGAAGGACCAGGACGAGAUGGACUAGUGAUGGCCCAUGUGUGGAGCAGAGGGGGCUACCAGCAGGCACUUGGUGACUGCCACUGCCCACGUCCCUUACGUGCAGGGAUGCUGCAAUGGAAACCUUUGCUGGCCAGCCUCUGCUGCUUGCAGAGAAACCCCACGGGACAGGCUGGCCAAGCUUGGUGUGGCCAGGGAGAGACUGCUGGGACAGGUAGCUCCACAGGUGGCUGCUUGGACCAGCCUGUCCGUGAUGAUGCAGCUGGCAGCACCCCCAGGAUCUCCAGGACAGUUCAGCACAGCCUGGGCCUCCUGCGCCAGUGAGAGCGUGGGUUACAGAGUCCCAGCUGACCAGGUAUGCAGCCACUGUGGGGCAGAGGGCCAGGAGGACUUGUCCACGGAGGAUGGCUGUGUCCCUGAGCUGGGCAAGGGUGCUGGGGAGCAGGGGUUAUGGGGCAGGUGCCCCUCGUCUGCAGGGCCAGGGCCGCAGGGGUGCUGCGGGUGCCCUGGCAAAGGGCACGGGCAAGUGAACGUGUUGGUAUGAGGGAGCCAUGAAGAGCGAGGGAUCUGGGCACCCCGUGGCACAGGGAGCCUGGGUCUGGCAGACCCUGCCCCAAGCAAAGGCACCUUUGGGGGUGCCUGAAGAGUGAACUGAGCUAAGGUGCCAGAACGGGGCCACCCGCUGCUCCUUCCACCACAGCGAGGACAGUCCCAGUGAUGGUGGAAGGCACAGAGGAAUCCAAAGGGACUGAGCGCGUUUGCACUGAGCCCUGCAGGCUGGCGUGGCUGGGCCAAGCACUCGAGAUUUACUGCCCCUCCGCUGCCCAGGUGGCCCCCUGCCCCACCGAAGUGUGGGGGGGGGGGGUGUUGUCUCUGCCCUGGCAUGGCAGAGGACCGGGGUGCAGCUGCCCUGCUCUGGGGGGCCCUUAGCAGAGCUAGGCUCAGCUGCCCUAGCCCACUGGCUAGCAGGCAUCUCUUCAGGGCAAGAUAAGCACCGAGCCGGGCUGCGGUGGGACCACUUGGCAAUGACACUGGUUUUGUGGUGUGGGGCCAGGGGUGCCCAGGCUGGGCAAGGAGCACCCGUGUGCUGGGCUGGCGUGCAGCAGCGAGGAUGCACUUUAUCAGAGCAGGGGAGCAGGGCCACGGGUGCUUCUGGCUGCAGGAAUCCCACCAGGGAAUGCGUCUGGAUAAUCACGAGGAGUGUGCUGGAGGAGAGCAGGCUUCUUCCCCCACACCUCCUCUCCCCUCUGCCUUCCCUUGCGAUGCACUUUGAAUGGAUGAGGCUGUGGUUGGUGCCGCGGCUCCAGCUCCCUGGGAGCACCGGUUGAACCUCAGCCCACCUAAACCUGCUUCAGCCCCUUGGCCCCCGCAGCCCACAGGCAGGGUUGUAGCAGGUACUGCCUCUCCCUCACGUGUGCUGUCAACGCGGGCAAGGCAAGCAGCGGUAUGGCCUCUCACCUGCACACAUGUCCAGGCCACCUUUGUCACAUGCACAAGAAGAGCGACUGCAUCAUCACCCAGCUGGUGCUAGGGUCUGCUGGAGGGGAGGCUGGGCUAGGACAGGGAGGGGAUGGGGCUUCUCCCAGGGUUUCACCUCUCUCUUAAAUCAGGCAAUAAAACAGUGUUUCCUUCUCA